AUGAACUUGGGCGGGGAGGAGCAGAAGCCUGCGCUGGAACAGUACGGUGUUGACCUGACGGCGCGCGCAAAGGCUGGGAAGCUUGAUCCCGUUAUAGGACGGGAUCAAGAAAUACAUCGGACGAUACAAAUAUUGUCGCGGAGAACGAAGAACAACCCAGUACUCAUAGGCUCUGCCGGCACAGGCAAGACUGCAAUCCUCGAAGGCCUGGCGCAACGGAUAGUCAGAGGCGACGUCCCGGAGUCUAUCAAGAACAAACGCGUCAUCUCGCUGGAUUUGGGACAACUUAUUGCGGGAGCCAAGUUCAGAGGUGAUUUCGAAGAACGGCUGAAGAAGGUGUUGAAGGAGGUCGAGGAAGCAAAAGGCGGUGUCAUACUCUUCGUGGACGAGCUGCAUACACUCCUGGGGUUAGGCAAGGCAGAAGGCAGCAUCGACGCAAGCAAUCUGCUGAAGCCGGCGCUUUCACGAGGAGAGCUCCAAUGCUGCGGUGCGACUACUCUUGCCGAGUACAGGCUGAUCGAGAAGGAUGUCGCGCUUGCACGAAGAUUUCAGCCUAUCCUCGUCGGUGAGCCUUCAGUCCAGGACACCAUCUCAAUCCUACGGGGAAUCAAGGAAAAAUACGAGGUCCAUCAUGGCGUACGGAUUACCGAUGGUGCGCUUGUAGCUGCUGCCACCUACAGCAACCGGUAUAUCACUGAUCGUUUUCUGCCGGACAAGGCCAUCGAUCUCGUUGAUGAAGCGGCGAGCGCUCUCCGUUUGCAGCAGGAGAGCAAGCCGGACGCCAUACAGCAGCUCGACCGCCAGAUCAUGACGAUCCAAAUCGAACUUGAAUCGCUACGGAAGGAGACCGACAUCGCAAGCAAAGAGCGUCGUGAGAAGCUGGAGGAGACGCUAAAGGCUAAACAAGCUGAGGUAGCGACGUUGACCGAGAAGUGGGAGAAGGAGCGGGCUGAGAUCGAGGAGCUCAAGAAUGUCAAGGAGAACCUGGAGAAAGCAAGGCACGAGCUAGAGCAAGCUCAGCGAGAAGGCAACUUCGCCAAAGCCGGCGAAUUACGCUACUCGACUAUUCCCGCUCUCGAGCAGAAACUGCCCAGGGAGGAUUCUUCCGCUGCCGGAAAGCCAUCGGACAGCUUACUUCAUGAUUCGGUCACUGCAGAUGACAUUGCCAAUGUGGUCAGCCGUACUACAGGCAUACCUGUUACCAAGCUCAUGGCCGGCGAGGUGGAGAAGCUGAUCCAUAUGGAAGACACUCUUCGCCAGAGCAUUCGCGGACAGGACGAGGCUUUGACCGCUGUUGCAAACGCGGUGCGCAUGCAGCGCGCAGGCCUGAGCGGCGAGAACCGUCCCUUGGCGAGCUUCAUGUUCCUCGGGCCCACCGGUGUCGGUAAGACUGAGCUCUGCAAGAAGAUGGCCAGCUUCCUCUUCUCUACGGAGCAAGCCGUCGUGCGGUUCGACAUGAGCGAGUUUCAGGAGAAGCACACCGUCAGCCGGCUUAUUGGUAGCCCGGCUGGCUACGUCGGAUAUGAAGACGCUGGACAGUUGACGGAAGCGGUGCGGCGAAAGCCUUACGCCGUGCUGUUGUUUGAUGAGUUUGAGAAGGCUCAUCGCGACAUAUCGGCGCUGCUUUUACAGGUCCUCGAUGAGGGAUUCUUGACCGACUCACAAGGGCACAGAGUUGAUUUCCGCAACACCAUUAUUGUUCUGACCUCGAAUCUAGGUGCCGACAUCAUCGUCGGUGAUGACUAUCUGCACAGCCAUCAGGUCAGCAAGGACAGCGGAGAGAUCUCGCCUGCAGUCAAGAAGUCAGUAAUGGACACCGUGGCCAGCGCGUAUCCACCGGAAUUCCUUAACCGCAUCGACGAGUUCAUCAUUUUCAGGAGGUUGUCGAGAGAGGCUCUGCGAGACAUUGUGGAUAUCCGGCUGAAGGAGCUGCAAGCCAGGCUUGAUGACCGCCGUAUAACCCUACAGGUAUCUGAUGAAGUCAAAGAAUGGCUGGCUGAGCGGGGAUACGAUCCGCGCUUUGGCGCUCGACCUCUCAACCGGCUCAUCUCGAAACAGAUCGGUAACGGUCUGGCGGACAAGAUCAUCCGGGGCGAGAUCAAGACUGGGGAUACGGCUGUUGUCGAGGUUAAGGCGGAUAAGGAGGUCGGAGAAACAGCGCCCGAUGGAGCUGAAGACGAAGAAGACGCUGAUGCUGAAGCGUUGGACGAGAUCGUGUGCGCGAUCGACAUCAAAGGCCGCGGAACAGUGGGCUGCUCGUACUAUGUCGCGCAUGAAGGGAAGCUCUACUUCAUGGAAGAUGUGCAGCUGGGGGGUGUGGAAGUGGUUGAUGCUCUCAAGCUCUACAUCGAUCCCACCAUCAUCCUCGUCUCGACGAGAGUAGACGACGCAGUCAUUGACCGCCUAGACCCGGAGCUGAGGAGUAGAGGUUCGGUGGCUGGUGACAAUGAUCGGUUUAACCUGUCCUACCUCCUUGAGGUGCGACCAUCGAGCGAGUUCGCAUACGAGUCAGCGAAGAACAAGCUCUUGAACCUCAAGAUUGGAUAUGAGGAUGGGCCGCAAAUCACUUAUGUGACCCCAGGCGACGUGCUACCGGCUGAAGGCUAUGAAGCAGAUGGUGAUGGCUUUGCUGGUCGUCAAGGACAACUGCUGAGACUCUCUGGAUGGAUUGACGUGGAGAGCCGGCUGACGGUCGGCUGCGCUGGUGCCGUUCUUUCCUAUCUGCAGCGCAGACGAGCAGCUACGUAUCUGCCUGGAGACCGAGAUGCUGGCGCGUUCUUCCGCGUGUCGACAGUUGAGAUGUUCACCCUCAGCGGCUCAAUGUUCAUCAAUGCCGACACGCUCCUCUCGCUGCAAAUCAUGCAACCUGAAAUGCACCCCCAUGCUCACAAUCAAGGUCCCAUCAAAGCAAAUUCCGGCUCGAAAGAGGGACUCUCCAUCUAUGGUCUCUUCCACUUCCUCGCUUGCACUCCGCAAGGAAGGUACUUGCUACGACAGUAUUUUCUUCGACCUAGUCUCAAUCUCCAGGUGAUCAACGAGCGCCUUGACACGAUUAGUGUCUUUUUCCAGCCAGAGAACGCAACAGCUCUGGAUGCUCUGGUGAAGAAUUUGAGAUCUAUCAAGAACAUCAGGCUAGUAAUGAUCAACCUGCGGAAAGGCAUAAGUGGCGGCUCGGGGAGAGGCGGCGGUGUGGCAAAGGGAGCAUGGUCAAGCAUCCGUCAGUUCGUCUUUCACGCUUUAAAGAUCCGCGACACGUUUCAAGACGUCGUUGGUGCCGACAGGCUUGCCAUACGCAAUAAGGUCCUGGAGAAGUUCGACGGUUACCACCUCGCUCAAAUCGGACGGAAGAUCAGCGAAGUGGUUGACUUCGACGAGUCCGCCGAGCAGCAGCGGACUGUGGUUCUUCGUGGCGUUAACGACGAGCUGGACAAUUUGAAGCAAGUAUACGACGGCAUCGAAAACCUGCUUUCAGAAGCGGCAAGAUCCAUUGCAAGCAAAUUGCCGCCAAACGCUUUGCCGCCCGACGCUCAGCUGAAUGUCAUCUUUUUCCCUCAGAUCGGUUUCCUGAUUGCAGUCCCAGUCGAUGAGCAGACCGGUCAAGGUGUCUAUGCCGGUACAUUAUGGGAGCGUAUAUUCACCACAGGAGCCACGGUCUACUACAAGAGCCCGCAGAUGCAGGAAAUGGACGAGCGUUUUGGCGAUAUUUAUGGACUGAUCUGUGACAAGGAGAUCGAGAUCAUACAUGAGCUUGCUCAAGCGAUCCUGGAGUAUGAAGAUCUGCUAACUACAGUCUCGGAUACUUGUGGCGAGCUUGACAGUCUGCUUGCGCUUACACAAGGUGCAAAGCACCACAAAUUUGUCAGGCCUCGAAUGACAGAAGAGAACAUCAUCAGGAUCAAAGGUGGCCGUCAUCCGCUGCAAGAAUUAACAGUACCUACUUACGUUCCUAACGAUACCUUCCUUGUCGGCGGACAAGGCUCACAACCGGAAAGUUCUGCAGCUAUAACAGCCUCUCAAACUCCAAACGGUCCUAGCAUGCUGCUGAUGACCGGCCCAAACUACUCCGGCAAGAGCGUAUACUUGAAGCAAGUCGCCCUUAUCGUGUAUAUGGCUCACGUGGGAAGCUUCGUGCCCGCGGAAAGCGCCAAAAUCGGAGUGACCGACAAGAUUCUGACUCGUAUCGCAACACGAGAAUCCGUCUCUAGGAUCCAGAGCGCGUUCAUGAUAGAUUUGCAACAAGUCUCGCUAGCCCUGAGCUUGGCCACCCAUCGAAGCCUGCUGGUCAUCGACGAGUUCGGGAAGGGAACUGAGUCGAGUGACGGAGCCGGUCUCGCUUGCGGCGUCUUUGAGUACCUGCUUGGCUUGGGCGAUGACUGCCCGAAAGUCCUCGGCGCCACGCAUUUCUACGAGAUCUUCGAAAGCGGACACCUGAAGCCUUCGCCCCGCCUGGGCUUCGCUCACAUGCAGGUGCGGCUGAACAAAGAGGCUGCGGAGGUUGGAGAUCAGGUCACGUACUUGUAUAAUCUUGAGAAGGGGCGCAGCAUGUCCAGCUUGGGCACUUGCUGUGCGGCCAUGAACGGUAUCAGUCCAGAGAUAGUCAGACGCGCCGAAGAGCUCAUCUUGCUGUCUGCCAGAGGCGAGGACCUGGUGGCAGCAUGUGCGGCGAUGCCGGAGGCUGAGGCUGCGGAGCUUGAAGAAGCGGAGCAAAUUGCGCGGGACUUCCUCAAAGCGGACGUCAUUGAUGAUCCUCGGAAACUCCUGGGAGAUAUACUCACCAUCUCGGCCACAACGGACUCACGGUCCUAG